UCAAAGCAUCUCCCAGCAUGGACGGAGCUUUCGUGGGCACUUGGAGACCUCAUCGCCCACGGGGCCUCAUCUCGGCCCAGUUCACCACCCCUGGACCCAAAUACUCAGUCCAGGGGACAACGGGUUACAUCAACCACAACCCCACCAAAGUCAAAGCCCCCGCGUACACCUGCAGAGGGGCAAAAGCUCCUGCGGAAGGCGGCUGCUCCCCAGGCCCUCGCUAUUACGUGGAGCCCUCCAUGACCAGGACUGGGAAGUACGUGGCUCCAGCCUACGCCAUCACUGGACUUCCCAGGAUAAAGACGGAGAUCACACCUGGACCCAGUGAGUAACA